CUUCUGUGCCCGCAACUCUCUGAACACAUCGUCGGCCACGCUUGUCGCCCCUUCGAACGAGGUGAGUCCAAUGAUGGCGAAAGGAAAGACUCGCGGGUGUUCUGGCCUUUCGGCAGGAAGCAGAGUAAGGACGUGGUCAAGGAGAGCCCGCCAGGGCGGUCCAAGCAUGCAUACCGAGAGAAAGUUCAGAUGAUGAAGAACGCCGAAGAAAUCCUCGUCCGAGCUGCAAGCGGAACACCACGAUGAGUAUCAAACGGGAGAAGUUCGUCAUGAAGCUUGCCAAGGCGCUUCUGGCCUUCGGUGCUCCCUCACACCGGAUCGAAUCGCAGCUACAGUCCGCCUCGCACGUCCUCCGCCUCAAUGCGCGCUUCGUUCACUUCCCGAACAUGAUCAUGACGACGUUCCAGAGUCAGUCUGGAAAUACGAACGAGAUCCACUUCAUCCGCGCAAGUGGACGGGUCGCGCUCACGUCGUUGCACAGGGUUCACACAGUGUACCGAGACGUCCUCCAUGACAGGAUCAGCACUGACGAGGGCAUAUCAAGACUGGAUGAGAUUCUCCAUGCGAAGCCCCUUUAUUCGAUAUACCUCCGGUGUCUGCUGGCGUUCAUAUGCGCGUCGAUUAUCUGCGUAGUUGCGUUUGGUGGGUCCCUCCUGGACAUGUUCCUCGCCGGUGCGGCUGCAUCAAUACUGCAAAUACUCGGCUUGCGGGCAGCGUCGAAGAGCUCUGUAUACGCUAACGUCUACGAGAUCUCCGUUUCCAUCAUCGUAUCUUUUGUCGCUCGUGGCCUCGGAACCGUUCCCAAUCAGGUCUUCUGUUUUAGCGCUAUUUCCUCAGGAGGCGUCGUUCUUGUGCUUCCGGGAUUCACAGUGUUGGUUUCUGCGCUGGAACUUACAGCGCAGAACAUCAUGUGCGGGUCCGUCAGAAUGGUCUACGCGGUCAUCUAUACGCUAUUUUUGGGAUUUGGUUUGACGAUCGGGUCCGAGCUCUUCCUAGUCAUCGUCCCCGAAGCUCGGAAAAUGCAGGACAUCACUACGCUACUCGAAAGUCAUGCCUAUCAUGGCUACUUGCUGAACAACAACGCAUCCAUACCGGUAGAGCAGACGGCUGGCAUGUGGUCGUUCACGGAUAUUAGUCAGGCGCAGAGUCGCGUCAUCAAAGGAUGUUACCGUGAUCCGACUUGGCCGUGGUGGAGGCAGCCGUUCCCUUGGUGGACCGCAUUCUUUCUGGUGCCGAUCUACUCGUUCUGCUCGUCACUGGCGAAUCUUCAGUCUAUCAAGAGUGCGCAAAUGGCGGCCAUGGUCUUUUUCUCGUGUGCUGCGUAUGCCGCCAACAGAGGUGCCAACCUCGUUUUCUCGGAUCGGCCGGAGAUGGUCUCUGCUGUUGGUUCAGUCGUGAUUGGCGUUUGCGGGAACAUUUGGUCCCGACUCGGCGGAGGCACGGCUUUCACAGUCAUGGUGACCGGCGUCUUGUUCUUGGUCCCGUCAGCGCUCGGAAACAAUGGUGGGCUCAUCGGUAGCUACAACUCGUCCUCACAGGAGUACAGCAACAGCUUCGACUUGGGUGUACGCAUGAUCGAAGUCGGAAUUGGUGUGACACUAGGCCUCUUCCUUGCUGCCAUGCUCGUCUAUUCCUGGGGCGGCAGGAAGUCUGGUGGUCAUUUUGGCUUCUAGUAGAGCUACGCUGCGUCUAGGGCUAAGCGGGUACUUCGAGAGCAAUGGAACAGUGACAAUCGAU